AUGGCAAACACAGCUACCUGCCAGAAUAAUGUGGGAGAAACUCCACAAGGAAAACCUCACAGUGUGUCCUUUCCUAUUGGCUUGAACCAUUAUCAGCUUCACUCUGACCAGGACAAGGGAGAUGGGUCUCUCAAGUACAUUUUAUCAGGAGAUGGGGCUGGUACUCUUUUUAUUAUUGAUGAGAAAACAGGUGACAUUCAUGCCACUCGAAGGAUUGAUAGAGAGGAGAAAGCCUUUUACACCCUUCGUGCCCAGGCUAUUAACAGAAGAACUCUGAGGCCAGUGGAGCCCGAGUCAGAGUUUGUCAUAAAAAUCCAUGACAUUAACGACAAUGAACCAACAUUUCCAGAAGAAAUAUAUACUGCUAGUGUUCCUGAAAUGUCAGUAGUCGGUACUUCUGUGCUGCAAGUCACAGCUACUGAUGCCGAUGACCCUUCAUAUGGAAACAGUGCCCGUGUCAUCUACAGCAUACUUCAGGGACAGCCAUAUUUCUCUGUGGAGCCAGAAACAGGCAUCAUCAGGACUGCUUUGCCAAACAUGAACAGAGAAAACAGGGAGCAGUACCAAGUAGUUAUCCAGGCAAAAGACAUGGGAGGCCAGAUGGGUGGAUUAUCAGGGACCACUACGGUGAACAUCACACUGACUGAUGUCAACGACAAUCCGCCGCGAUUCCCUCAGAACACCAUCCACCUCCGCAUUCCAGAAACUUCCCCAGUUGGCACUGCCAUUGGCAGUGUAAAAGCCACUGAUGCCGACACUGGGAAAAAUGCAGAAAUGGAAUACAGAAUAGUUGAUGGUGAUGGAACAGAUAUGUUUGACAUUGUGACACAAAAGGACACACAGGAAGGCAUCAUAACUGUGCACAAGCCACUGGACUAUGAGACCAGAAGGCUUUAUACACUGAAAGUAGAGGCUGAGAAUACCCAUGUGGAUCCACGAUUUUAUUAUCUUGGGCCUUUUAAAGAUACUACAAUUGUAAAAAUCUCCGUGGAAGAUGUGGAUGAACCUCCUGUCUUCAGCAGAUCCUCUUACCUUUUUGAGGUGCAUGAAGAUAUCGAGGUGGGGACAAUCAUAGGAACUGUGAUGGCACGGGAUCCUGAUUCUGCUUCAAGCCCUAUCAGAUUUUCUUUGGAUCGUCACACUGAUCUUGACAGAAUAUUUAAUAUACACUCUGGAAAUGGAUCCAUCUACACUUCCAAACCACUUGACCGCGAGAUAUCACAGUGGCACAAUCUUAGUGUUAUAGCAGCCGAGAUCAACAAUCCCAAAGAUACCACUCGUGUUUCUGUUUCUGUUCGAAUUUUGGAUAUUAAUGACAACGCCCCACAGUUUGCUGUAUUCUAUGAUACUUUUGUAUGUGAAAAUGCAAGAGCUGGACAGCUAAUACAGACCAUAAGUGCAGUAGACAAAGAUGACCCCCUUGGAGGACAAAAAUUUUUCUUCAGUUUAGCUGCUGUUAACCCAAACUUUACUGUUCAAGAUAAUGAAGAUAACACUGCCAGAAUUUUGACAAGAAGAAAUGGCUUCAAUAGACAUGAAAUAAGCACCUAUUUCCUGCCAGUGGUGAUAUCGGACAAUGACUACCCAAUCCAGAGUAGCACUGGCACUCUGACAAUUCGAGUGUGCACCUGUGACAACCGUGGUAACAUGCAGUCCUGUAGUGCUGAGGCCUUGCUCCUUCCUGCUGGCCUGAGCACUGGUGCUCUAAUUGCUAUUCUCCUCUGCAUCAUUAUACUUCUAGUUAUAGUGGUGCUAUUUGGUGCUCUGAAGAGGCAGCGAAAGAAAGAGCCUCUGAUUCUGUCUAAAGAGGACAUCAGAGACAACAUUGUGAGUUACAAUGAUGAAGGCGGUGGAGAGGAAGAUACUCAAGCUUUUGAUAUUGGCACACUGAGAAAUCCUGCAGCUAUGGAAGAUAAGAAGCUUCGACGAGAUAUUAUUCCUGAAACAUUAUUUAUACCACGGAGAACUCCUUCAGCAGCAAAUAAUACAGAUGUCCGAGAUUUCAUUAACCAAAGGCUAAAGGAGCAUGAUACUGAUCCCUCUGCACCACCAUAUGAUUCACUUGCAACCUACGCCUACGAAGGAAAUGAUUCUAUAGCUGAGUCCUUGAGUUCCUUAGAGUCAGGUACUACUGAAGGAGACCAAAACUAUGAUUACCUCAGAGAAUGGGGCCCUCGCUUUAACAAGCUAGCUGAAAUGUAUGGUGGAGGAGAAAGUGACAAAGACACUUCUUAACCUCCAAUAGGGUCCAUUUGAGAGGAAGUAAUUUUACAGACACCUUCUCCACUCAACAAUAUUUAACAUUCAGGAAAAUUUUCCUGCCACUCAGCACAAUGGUUUUCUUUCUAAUUUGUUCAUUGUCAUUCAUUCUUUCUAGUAGGAUAUCAUGGAAUAUAUACAGCAUUUUAUUUAAUCACCUUCCAAGAGCCAAAGCUAUGGAAAUUCAGUGUUGUCCAUUUUAGUAAGUAAAAGUACUUUCACAAGCUUGAACAGGGUGAUAUUCCCUUAAGCAACCUCAUGUACAAGCCGCUUUUGUUAGGUACAUGUCCUACCCUUGCAAGUGCAGCUUUUAAGAAGGUGAAGAAAAAAAGUAUGUCCAGUUCUGUACAUUAAAAUUUUAAAAAAAUGUACAUGUGGUGUUAAUAAGUGUGAUAUGCAGCUGGUUUAAAAAAAAGUUUGUGCAACUUCAUUUCAUCAAAUUCUAU